AUGGCCACAGCUAACGACAGGGCUGUCCUGCAGACGAUCUUUAACCCCAGCACCCCUUUUGGGGACAUCCCUGGGCUGGAUGAUGAGGAGGAGGAGGAGAAUGCCCAGGAGGAAGCCUUUGCUCCAGAGCUUCUGGAGCAGGUCCAGGACCUGGAGCUGCAGGGGGUUUCUGCUGCGGAGUCAGGAGACCUGAACACAGCGCUGCAGCGGUUCAACCUGCUGCCCGAGCGAGCCUCAGGAUACAACAACCGGGCCCAGGCCCUGCGGCUGCGGGGGGAUGUGGCAGGUGCCCUGCGGGACCUGGACAUGGCGAUCCGCCUGAGCCGGGGCCGUGGCCGAGCCGCCUGCCAGAGCCUGGUGCAGCGUGGCCUGAUCCAUCGGCUGCAGGAGCGCGAGGAGGAGGCGCGGCAGGACUUCGAGCGAGCUGCGCGCCUGGGCAGCACCUUUGCUCGGCGCCAACUCGUGCUGCUCAACCCCUACGCGGCCCUUUGCAACCAGAUGCUCUGCGAGAUGCUGGGGCGGCUGCGCAACCCAGAUGGCUCUGGGAACGAGUGA